UGGCUGGCUCCGAGCCUCUCAGGGCGGAGAGGAGGAAGAUGGCGGCGGGGUGCGGGGCGGGGUGCUGCGGCUGCUGCUGCGGGGAGAGGGAGAGCCGCACCCCGGAGGAGCUGACCAUCCUUGGAGAGACUCAAGAGGAAGAUGAUGAGAUUCUCCCACGCAAGGACUAUGAGAGCCUGGAUUAUGACCGCUGCAUCAAUGAACCCUACUUGGAAGUACUGGAAAGUCUAGAUAAGAGGAAAACCCGGCGGUACGAAGCAGUGAAGUGGGUGAUGGUGUUUGCUAUUGGAGUUUGUACAGGACUGGUGGGCCUCUUUGUGGACUUCUUUGUCCGGCUCUUCUCCCAGCUCAAGUUCCGGGUGGUCCAGAACUCGGUGGAGGAGUGCAGCGAGAAGGGCUGUCUGGCUGUCUCCCUGCUGGAGCUGCUGGGAUUCAACCUCACCUUCGUCUUCCUGGCCAGUCUCCUCGUCUUGAUCCAGCCUGUGGCUUCCGGCUCCGGAAUCCCAGAGAUCAAGUGCUACCUGAAUGGGGUGAAGGUGCCAGGGAUCGUUCGGCUCCGGACUCUGGUGUGCAAAGCUCUCGGGGUGCUCUUCAGUGUGACCGGAGGUCUCUUUGUAGGGAAGGAAGGGCCCAUGAUUCACAGUGGUGCUGUGGUGGGGGCCGGCUUGCCUCAGUUCCAGAGCAUCUCCUUAAAGAGGAUCCAGUUUAACUUCCCCUAUUUCCGCAGCGACAGGGACAAAAGGGACUUUGUGUCUGCAGGAGCCGCUGCUGGGGUGGCUGCAGCUUUCGGCGCCCCAAUUGGGGGCACGCUGUUUAGCUUAGAGGAGGGUUCGUCCUUCUGGAACCAGGGGCUGACGUGGAAAGUGCUCUUCUGUUCCAUGGCCGCCACCUUCACUCUGAACUUCUUUCGUUCUGGGAUUCAGUUUGGAAGCUGGGGCUCCUUCCAGCUCCCCGGUUUGCUGAAUUUUGGGGAGUUUAAGUGCUCGGAAUCGGACAAGAAAUGCCACCUGUGGACCGCCGUGGACUUGGGCUUCUUCAUCCUGAUGGGGGUCGUGGGGGGCCUCCUGGGGGCCUCCUUCAACUGCAUCAACAAGAGGCUGGCCAAGUACCGCAUGCGGAACGUGCACCCCAAGCCCAAGCUGGUCAGAGUCUUGGAGAGCCUGUUGGUGUGUCUAACGACCACCCUUGUGGUCUUUGUCGCUUCCAUGGUUCUAGGGGAAUGCCGCCCGAUGUCUUCCAGCAGCCACGGGGACAACACCUCUUGGGUCUUGCAGGACUCCUCCUCUGAAGAAGUGAAUUCGAGCAUCAAGACCUUCUUCUGUCCCAACGACACAUACAACGACAUGGCGACGCUUUUCUUCAACCCCCAGGAGUCGGCCAUCUUGCAGCUCUUCCACCAGGAGGGUACUUUCAGCCCCGUCACGCUUUCCCUGUUCUUCCUUCUCUAUUUCUUACUCUCCUGCUGGACCUAUGGGAUUUCUGUGCCCAGCGGCCUCUUUGUGCCAUCUCUGCUCUGCGGAGCCGCCUUUGGACGCCUGGUCGCCAACCUCCUCAAAAGCUACAUCGGCUUGGACCACAUUUACUCGGGGACCUUUGCCCUGAUUGGAGCCGCGGCCUUCCUGGGCGGGGUGGUCCGCAUGACCAUCAGCCUCACCGUUAUCCUGAUCGAGUCCACCAAUGAGAUCAGCUACGGGCUCCCGAUCAUGGUCACCCUCAUGGUAGCCAAGUGGACCGGGGACUUCUUUAACAAGGGCAUCUACGACAUCCACGUGGACCUGCGAGGGGUGCCGCUCCUGGAAUGGGAAACCGAAGUGGAAAUGGACAAGCUGAGAGCCAGUGACAUCAUGGAGCCCAACUUGAUGUACGUGUACCCCCACACCCGGAUCCAGUCCCUGGUGAGCAUUCUGCGCACGACGGUCCAUCACGCCUUCCCCGUGGUCACGGAGAACCGGGCCUACGAGAGGGAGUUCAUGAAAUGGGACCAGCUGAUCAGCAACAACAUCAAGUUCAAGAAAUCCAGCAUCCUCACCAGGGCUGGGGAGCAGCGCAAACGCAGCCAGUCCAUGAAGUCCUACCCAUCCAGCGAACUGCGCAAUGUGUGUGACGACCACAUUGUGACCGAAGAACCGCCAGAGACGGAAGACAUGUUGCAGCAGAUGCUGGAGCGAAGGUAUACUCCCUAUCCUAACCUUUACCCGGACCAGUCACCCAGCGAAGAGUGGACCAUGGAAGAACGUUUCCGGCCUCUGACCUUCCAUGGCCUGAUCUUGCGCUCCCAGCUGGUCACCUUGCUUGUGCGGGGGGUCUGUUAUGCAGAGAGUCAAUCGAGCGCCAACCAGCCUCGUCUCUCGUACGCCGAGAUGGCCGAGGAUUACCCUCGCUUCCCCGACAUCCAUGACCUCGACCUUACACUGCUGAACCCCAGGAUGAUUGUGGAUGUGACCCCCUACAUGAACCCGUCUCCAUUCACCGUUUCCCCCAACACUCACGUCUCCCAAGUCUUCAACCUCUUCAGGACGAUGGGGCUCCGGCAUUUACCGGUUGUGAAUGCUGUUGGGGAGAUCGUCGGCAUCAUUACCCGGCACAACCUGACGCACGAAUACCUGCAGACGAGGCUGCGGCAGCAUUUCCAGACCAUCUGACUCCUUCCGACACCUCUCCUCUCCCCUUCCCCUUCUGCUUCCUUUCUCACCGGUUCUUCCCCCCGCCCCCCAAAGCUGGCUUGGUGCGCCCUUCACAAAAACGGACUGCUGUCGGUUUCUGGCUGGAGGCUUCCAGUCAUCUCGCCAGCUGGGAAAUUAAAGGCGACGUUGAGGUUUCUGCCCUCGUUGUCCAGUUCUCGGGGACUCACUGCCCGCUCUCUGAGGGAGCUGCCGGCCUCGUCCAGCAAGGCUUCGGAAUGAUGCGCCGGGAAUGUUUUCCUGUCCUGUGGACAUAGUUUGAGAACGCUCAUCCCCGUGCCGCGCCCCAGGCGGAAGGAGCCCCGUCCUGUCUGUUCCCGGACUUCCCUGCAGAGGCCGCCGUACCGCCAGCCUGGCUUCCUUGGCCCGAGGACUUACGAACUCAUUCCACAUUUUUCUUUAUUUCAAACUUUAGCCAGUUGCCUCUCGCGGCAGGGUUAACGUUCUUGAGAAAGUUGAGAGAGGGUCACUAACCCCCCCCCCCUUUAUGGGAGAUUCUGGAAUUCCCUGGUCCUUGCAUGUGUGUGCGUUGUGUGUGUCUGUGUCGUAGACAUUUCUUUCCAUUCCACUUAGGGUUCCGUUGUUGGGGGAGCCUUCCAAGCCGGGUCUUUGGCUGCUGCUGCUUCUCCUGGCCAGGCAGCCAACCUUUCUGAGUUAUAGAUGGUGAAAAUCAUGUGUCAAGGAGAGAAAUGAACGAUCUUUGGACCACC